CGCCACAGAAAUCAGGAAAGUGCGAAAAUUAACGGAGAAAAAAAUUAUAAAAAUGGUGGCGAUUUCUUUGUACAGAGGGAACCUCCACCGAGCACCGGACGUUCCCCGGCGAUGGCUAAUGCCGACUCCCAAAAUCUCCCUCAAAGACUUCAAAUCCCUCUUGCACCGGCGCAACAAAGCUCUCUGUCUCCUUUGUUCCCCUUCUUCCUCUUCUAACCCAAACCAUCAAAUUCAAUCUUCCGUGCCCACUGCUCCUCCUGUUGACCCCAAGUUGAAAGCCAAAGUGGAGCCUGACACGUCCGAAGGUUUAAAAACUGCACUGCCUCUAACGGAGGUCAAGGUGGAGGUAGUUGCAGGAUCCGACGGUGGAGAUUGUUUGGUGAAGCCAGUGGAUGAGAAGUCCGAGAAAGAUGUCAGUUUGCAAGUGGAUGAGAAAGAGAAGUCGCCUGAUACUAAAACAAACGUAGAGGUAUUUAAAAAAAUAAAUGAUUUAAAUGCAAAAGAACAAAGGAAAGGGGAUGUUGAGGAGAGAUUACGAGUUUUGAAUGCAAAAAAGCAUGGUUUAGUGCAAGUACUAAAGCAGAUCUUGAAUGCGGAGGAGGAGUUGAAGAGAAGAAAUAGCACGCAAGGUACACCGAAUCAUCCGGCUGUUUCACUUCAAGUGGAAACCACAACUGACUCUGUGUCGAUGACGAGGAUUGUCACUCACCGGAUGGGCUCAGACGCUAAUGUUGCUGGAUAAAAUGAAGGACUUGAAGCUGAUGAUGUUUCAAACGUCAAUGUUCAUUCUCGUCAUGUGUUUCAGAUGAGCAGUACAUCACCAUCUUCAGAAUCUCCUCUUAGAAGGCCUACCUACAUUCAACAUAAUGCGAUUCCCCACCCUUCUCGAACAAGCAUGGGGGUCACUGGCAGUCCAUCACGCUUUGCCCCUACUGGAAAUCAAGGUCAUCCUGGUGAUCCUCCCACUGUAUCUGUAUCUGUAUCAGGAACAAAUUUUGUCGCAUCAUCUCCUUCCCCUGCAGCAUCUGGUGGCACUUCGGUCUUCAGAGAGGCUCGACAACCAAGCCCUUAGAGCUAGAAUCUGUAGCCAAUUGAACUCUCCUUGUGACUUGAACCUCUCUAAACUGUAAGCCAAGCUUAUCAACAUUGUAAGUCCAUUCUGGUUCUUCCUGUUUAAGCAAAGCGAGAAUAUCGGUUUUCAAUUGCAUGUCAGAUUAUCAGGUACGAGGAGAUUGCCAUAUAUUGAAGUUGAAGCUGUAGCCUUUUUUUUUUAGUUCCUUCAUUAUUAGGCCUAGAGAGAAUUGAAUUUGUUAAAAGAAAGGAACUAAAAUGUAGUGAAAUCCAUGGUCCUUUGAUCAAUUUGUAUAAUUGAUGAUAUUUCUCUUAUUCCGUUGUAGUUAUUCUUUAUGA